UGAAGACAUACGUUUAAUAAAUUUGUGCACCUUUUUUUGGUGAAAGGUCGAUUUAAAGUCUAAAACCUACACAGUUGUCGUCUGUCAUUGAAAGUGUAAAGUUUCACCAUUUGUUCUUGGUGAAAGACCUUAAGGAAUUAAUAAUGAAGAUAUCAGGAUUGAAUGUGCUUAUUUUCUGUGGCAUAUUAUCAUGUUUCACGUGCUUUAGGUUCGAUAUGAACGGAUGGGAUGCGUUACCACUUUCAUCACCAAAAAUUGAUGAUUCAUUUAAACUUGCAACAGAUCAUGUUGGAGGGCGUUUGACAAAGAAAUUGACAGGUUUCAAGCGAAGAGAUGGCGUUCCUGAAUGGGAUUUAUACAGAGUCUCGUUCCUUACCGCUCUUCCAAAUGGAAAGGGUUUUGAAUGUCAUGCAGAUGUCCUUUGGGCUGCAAAUCCCAGCAAUACAACGGUAUAUAACCUUGGAUGUUAGCCCGGAUCGGUUGACCCUGCUAGUGAUGCUGUAUACGGGAUAAUAAAUUAAAGCUGAUUCCAUGUCUAGUUUGGCUAUUCUCUGUACCAAUAGCUGAUAUAUAUUGAUAUAAUAAUUCUUGUACUUAUUCUUAUUUAAGAAUACUAUAAUUAUCACGUGUUAUGUAUGAAGGUAUUUUUACUUGAAGGUUAUAUAUUUAUUUAACAAAUGAUAGUUUCAACAUUUCAAAAGUUCUACAAAAAAUAUAUUGCAUUCAUGAAGAUUCUUUCCAAGCAAAUCAAGGCAUUUCUAAUUUAUUUAACAAUUUUUAGAUUCUAGAAUCAUAAACAAACAAUUAACGUUUAAUUAGAGAUAAAAACAAUUUAGAAUUAAGUUUUAGGUGAGAGUAUAUUUGGAGUAGUACUUUAAAAAAAACAAACAAAAAUAACAUAUUUACAGAGAUUAAUUUUGGAAUUUAGCACAAUCUACACAAUUAAUAUAUUUACUUUACCAAAUGAUGCAUUCAUAUCAUGCAUAUUUACAAAGGUAUUAAACAAAUAUCGCAGAAAAUUUUUCAAUUAUUCUAUGAAUUCGUCACUUUAAGUAUUAAGUCCUUUAAUGUAAUGGAUAAGUGUUCAUUUAUUCUAUGAUGGCGUCACUUUAAAUAUUUAUGUAUUUAAUAUUUGUCUUCAAAAUGUGCAACAUUUGCACAAUGUUUUAGAUGAUUGAAAGCAUUGUCUCAUUAUUUCAACCAUUUUAAUAGCCUAAACAUGUUUUGACAGUUAUGAUAGCGCAUCUAUUUGUGCAAAAUUUCAAAUGUUUCAUGACAAUUUGUCAUGCAAUUCAUUUCCGUGUAGGUUUUUGAGUAUAGUUGUAUAAUUGUUUGUAUUCCACUCUUUUCUGUGCAGUAGUUAAUGAAAUUAACAUAUCAACAGACA